AUGGCUCAACUCAAGAUCACGUCUUUGCGCUUCGAGCACCAUCCCACCGGACUUGGUGUCUCUUCUCCUACCCCUCGCGUCUCAUGGCGCGUCGAGUCCGACCCUAUAGCAAAGAAUUGGCAGCAGACAUCGUACGAUAUCAAAAUCUCACGUGGCUCUCCGCCGGCCCGGGAAUUCCACAUCGAGGACGCUUCGACAGUACUCAUUCCAUGGCCCGACACUCCUUUGGCAACAGGAGAAAGGGCGACAGUCGUCGUUAAGUCUUACGGGACCUCGGACAAUGCCCGAAUGGACUCUGGAUGGUCCUUGGAGGCGAGCGUAGAGACCGCUCUGCUCUCCCUCGAUGACUGGAAAGCUACGCCCAUCACCGCGCCCCCGCGUACCGCUUCACACCCCGAUGAGCGGGGAAUCCGGCCGGUCCGAUUCCCGUACCUCAACGGCCACCGCAUCGGAAACGAGUGGCUCGCCCCCGGAUGGACUGCUUACCAACAUCGCAUUCAAUACCAGGUCUUCGAUGUAGCGCAUCUCCUAAAGCCUGGACAACGGAACGUUCUCACAGUGGAAGUCAGCGAAGGGUGGUAUGCGGGCCGAAUUCUUUGGGGCGAGGGCUUAACCUGCUUCUACGGCGACCGCAUCGGUGUACUAGCUCAGCUCGAGAUCCGCGACGACGAUAGAGCAGGACCAGCUUUGAAGCUUGUGACCGACGAUUCAUGGGAGUGCAGGUCCUCACCAAUCGUCGGAAGCGACAUCUACGACGGUGAGACGUACGAUCUCGGCCUCGAAGUAAACGACUGGCAUCACGACGACCACAGCGGAUGGACCCCCGUCGAGACGCUACCGUUUCCGAAACCUACACUCAUAGCAGCAUCCUCUCCACCAGUCCGAACAACGGAGACCCUCAAACCCAUCAAAGUCUCCAAAGACAUCAACGGCAAGACACUCGUCGACUUUGGUCAGAAUCUCGUCGGCAAACUUGUCAUCCCAAAGCUCGCAAAGCCAGACGGCCACCGCCUCACCAUCCGCCACGCGGAGGUCCUUGAAAACGGCCAACUCGGAACGCGACCCCUCCGUGCAGCAAAGGCGACCGAUACGAUCAUCUUCGGCGGCGGCCGAGUCCUAGAGAGCUGGUCCCCUCACUUCACCUACCACGGCUUCCGCUACGUCGAGCUGGACGACUGGGACGACGUGACGCUAGACUCACUGUCAGCCGUCGUCAUGCACACAGAUAUGCAGCGGACAGGCUUCUUCUCCUGCUCCAACGACGACGUCAACACGCUCCACCACAACGUCGUCUGGAGCAUGCGCGGGAACUUCGUCUCUGUCCCCACAGAUUGUCCGCAGCGCGAUGAGCGCCUGGGCUGGACGGGCGACAUCCAAAUCUUUAGUCCGACGGCCUCGUUUCUGUACGAUUGUGCGGGCAUGCUGAGCAACUGGAUGCGAGACGUGCUCCUGGAUCAAAAGGACGCCGGCGGUAUCGUCCCGCUUGUGGUGCCCAACGUUAUGAAGGACGGACCUUGGCCUUCUGUGCCGCAGGCAGUGUGGGAUGAUGUUGUUGUACUGGUGCCUUGGACUUUGUAUAAGUGGUUUGGUGACGCGGGCGUCUUGCAAGAGACGUAUCCGGGUAUGAGAGACUACCUCAAGUCCAUCAAGCGCGGGGACGACGGCUUAUGGGAUUCUUCGCUUUGGCAGUUGGGCGACUGGCUUGAUCCCAACGCGCCGCCCGCCGAGCCAGGUCUAGCUAGAACGGACGGCACCCUCGUCGCGGACGCGUAUCUGGUUCACCUCUUUCAGGACAAGUACAUCACCAAAGCAGGCUUUAUCGUCGCGGAUUCUCAGACGGCGCUGGCUCUGGCCCUACUCUUCGACUUAAACGACACCACCGCCCAACGCGAAGCUGCAGCCGCAAGACUCGCGCGGCCGGUGCAGUAUUCUAAGUUCAGAGUGUCCACAGGCUUCGCUGGCACGCCCGUAAUCCUUCACGCGCUGUCAGAGACAGGAUACGUCCAGCACGCAUACCGUAUGCUUCUAGAGACAGGGUGUCCCUCGUGGCUAUACCCCAUCCGCAUGGGUGCCACCACAGUCUGGGAGAGAUGGGAUAGCAUGCUAGAAGACGGGACAAUCAACCCGGGAGAGAUGACAAGCUUCAACCAUUACGCGCUCGGUAGCGUCGCGAACUGGAUGCACGCCGGUAUUGGGGGGCUGUCACCGCUCGAGGCCGGGUGGAAGAGGUUCCGGGUUCGGCCUCGGCCCGGAGGGGACCUGCGACACGCCAGCGUCGAGUACCUGAGCCCGCACGGCUUGGUCCGGAGUCGAUGGGAGAUUGUGACAGAUGAGAAGUUUGUAUUAGAGCUGACGGUGCCGCUGAAUACGUCUGCUGUAGUUUCUUUGCCGGAUGGCGGGGAGGAGAGGACGGUUGGGUCUGGAAGUCAUGUAUUCGAGAGCCGUCUGGCUCCGGGACUAAGAGAGGCGUGGCCUCCCAAAGCUCUGUUGACGCAGUUUGGACUGUGA